UUGAAGGUACUGCCAUUCAAUCAACGACCGGCUCAUUGAAUUGUCACCAACCAAACUCCGACGCAAACUCACCGAAAAUGAAAUCCGUCGCUGUUGCCGCACUCGUCGCCGUGAUCAUCUCCGUGGCGGUGGCCCUUCCCGAUGGAUACCACGCCCAUCAUGGCCAUGCCCACGCUGCCCCGGCCGUUGAGUACACCUUCCCCGUCAAGGUACCGGAAGUGAAGUGUGGCCACCAGCUGUUGAUCAACUGUAACCCACACCACUCCGUUGUGCCAUGCAACAAGGCUGCCCCGGCUCCAGCGUACCACGCUGCUCCAGCUUAUCAUCACGCUCCGGCACACCACCAUGCCCCGGCUCAUGGACACUACCCUCAUUGA